UCAGGGAGGCUGAAUGGAUCGACUAAAUCAAGAUCUACUCAACUUUUAUGAGAAAAUCCCCAGGAAAAUAAGGGACGUGGUACCCCAAUGAAGAUAGCCAUCAUUUGACGACCGGGUAGACACGUCCUUCGAAUUUCUUGUGACAAAGGUCGCAGGAAGUCAUUCCGCCCAUAUGAGAGUUCCUCAGAUCUUAUGAAUGCGUACUAAGUUUCCUCGGACCAAAAUGAAACCAUGAUGGCGGUCCCGAUCCGUCAGGCCUGCCCACCAUAUCGGCAUCGCUUCGACUCAAAUCGACAGCAGAAGGGGGCCGAAACAUCUCGACUCGGAAGUGUGACAUCCAAAGCGAAAACCGAGGGACCCGUCAUGUUCUGUGCCAUGGAUGGCCAGAGAAGCAUCGCUGCUGACAAUUCCUACCUAUACAAGUUGGAGAAUGCAUCUCCAUCGGCGCAGCGACCAGCUCAGGCGACAAGUGUCACUGAGUCCCAGAACAAUACAAUUAUUCUUGCCGGGAAGGAAAAUCCCGUUUCGAUGGAAUCGUCCUGAUGGCAUCUCAAGUUGGUAUGAGCCUGGCAGUUCACUGGCUACCACACUAGCUGCUGGUCCUGCCAGCCUAUAUAUGUACUGUAACCGAGCCGAGAUGCAGACUAAUCAAGCUAAGACGAAUAUGAAUACAUUAUUCCGGAGACUUUCCUAAGCUUCUAGAAAUGCUAAAUUCCCACGCGUCGGUAUCUGGCUAGUAACCAAAUUUGAGCAAACGAGCCGAUUGGACUCAAUGAAUACACCACGUCGACGGGAUAGUACUAUGAAUGGUGAUGCUUCGGGAGCGUCCUCAUGGAUCUGCCAUGGAAUGAAGCGUUGAGGGCUGCGCUAGAGAAGCUUCCUAAGGAAAUGGCCGAAUCUCAUUGAUAUUUUGCUGGAUCGUUGCUUCCU